AUGUAGCAAGAAGUGAAUAAUUAAGCAGAAAAGCCACAAAGACCAUUUUUACAUUAAGAACUUGUGAAUUUAUUCCAUCCACAAUAAAAAGUAUAUUUAACAGAUACAAAUACAGAAAAUAAAUGGGGGUAUUUUAUUUGGAAUUAGAUUGAAGACUUAUUUUAAGUGCUUAACCAAAUUUAACACCUAAUACUAUAUUUAUUUUAGAAAAAUAUUGUCCACCAUUUUCAAUGUUUAAGUCUCCAAACUAUUUCAAUACUCCAAUCAUUUAAGGAGAUUUAAUAAGAAUUAAGAGUUUUUGUUCAAAUUAUUAUUUAACAAGGUAAUGAUAUAAAAAUGAUCUUAGUAUACCUGAUGCAUAAUCACCUAUCACAAAAUAAGGUUUGAUAGUAUUAGCCAAAUAGAAUGAUGUUAAAUAUAAAGGUGGAGAAUAAGUUUUUAUACUAUAGAAUAUAUCUGAUGAAUCACCAUAUAUGAGGAUAGUCAAUACUGAAACUGGAUGGGCAUUGCAUACUCAUUCAUCUAAGCUUAAAGAAAUUAAUAAUCAUAAUGAAGUGACUGGAUUUAAGAGUAGAGAUUAAAAUGAUGCUUGGAAUAUUGAAAUGAUUUCAAAUGAGAUGAGAGAAGGAAUACAUUAAUAAUUAAUUUAGGAACCUUUACCAAGAAAAUGUUAAAAUAUUCGUUCUUCCGAUACUGUGAUUAUUAGGAAUGGAUUCACAGGAGGUGCUCUACAUUCUCAUUCUGCUCAUUACAAAUAUGGAACCAAAUAAUAAGAAGUAACUUGGAAAAUCUAACCAAGAGAUUUGAAUGAUUGGUGGGUCAUUUAUAAAUAAAAAAGCCAUAAACAAGAUUCUGAUGAAUAGAUAUAGUUUAUAGAAAAUAAUUCUAUAGUUUCAUUCUUACAUGUUUAGACAAAACAAUUAUUGACUCAUUCUUAAGGAUGUAAAGUGAAAACUGGUGAUUAUCUUUAAGUUUGUUGUAGUAAAACAUCAAAUGAAGAAUUUAAAAUUGAAUGUAAGUAUUGAAUAUAUGUAGUGAUCGAUAUUAAUGAGACAUCUAAUAAUUUAACUACAGAAAAGCCAUUUAGAAUAGUCCAUAUUCCUACAUAACAAUUUUUAGCAGCUCUAGAGAGACCAUCCAGCUAAAGUACAUUCUAAGGAGAGAUUGUAUUGACUCAAAAAUAUGAUUGGAAUGCAGUCUGGUUUAUUGAAUAUGUUGAUUCGAUAUAUGCUUGA